AUGCAUUCUACCCUCGUAGGAGACUCUAGUCGCAUCUAUCGCGGAGGUGCGGUCCUUAGACCAAACCCUCAAGACAGGAACUUGGACAUACUGAAAACCGAAUCCGAAGGCAAGAGCUUUAUCUACAAACGUGUUCCGAAACACGUCUUCAAUCUAUCCCAACAGAUUGGCAACGACUGUCCAUCAUCCCGACAUCUUCGUAUGCAUUCCAUCCUGAUCUAUCCUUACUUCCGAGAUACCUUUCUUGCUCUCCUAGAGAAAGAUCCCGCCUUCCCGCCUGACGAACGAGGAAAGAUUAUGCGCGGCGUUGGAGAGGCGGUUCAAGAACUUCAUUCCAAGGAUUGGAUUUACGCUGACAUCAAGCCAGACAACGUGUUAGUAGACUGGACAUGCGACAGCGAGGGCAACAAGGUCGUCACAAACCGAAGUCCCGAAAGCCAUACCGGCAUGUCGAACCGGGCGUCGGACAUUUAUUCGCUGGGGCUAGUAUUCCUCUAUGCGCUAGGAGGUAGAGGACUUCUGAUUUUGAAGGAUUAUCAGGACCUCGUCAAGGCUGGUAUCUCUGCCGAGCAAGCAGUAGUAGUCAAACAUUUCUGUUACUUCGGUCCAGUUCCGGAAAGUCUCUACGAGCAAAUCAAAGAUAAGGAUUGGAGGAGUGCUUUCCGAGCAGCAUCGAGAGAGGCUAAGGCAGCAGACUUGGGCGAGGAGGCAAUCGAAAUGCUCUCGGGGAUGACGAAUCUUGAUCCUCGAGCCCGGUUGACAAUUGAUCAGGUACUCGCGCUUCCGUUUUGGCAACAAUUGACUUCUUGA